AUGGAAAAUACAGACUAUACCUCUUCUAAUAAGAUUAACUAUGUUGGUGAUAUAGUUCAAGAAAGACAUUUGAUUGAAUCUAAAGAAUCAGCAUCUCAUGUUCAACUUGCUUGCAGUCAACAUUACUGUGCUUUCCCCUUAAAUGGAAAUGAGCUUUGUAUAUGGAGCCCUUUCAAUCAGCCAUUACACUUAAUAGGGCAUCAUCAGUCAAUUACUGCUGUGACAUUUGGAAACAGAUUUAAUCCACUUCUUGUCUGCUCUGCAUCAUGUGACUAUGUUAUAGUUUGGAACCUGAUGGAAUGUGGAGAAAAAAUACUAGAAGGGUUAAUUCCUCGAGGAGAUGUCAUAGGAACACUUCUAGGAAUGGUUCUUUAUUUAAGAUUUAGUCCAAAUGACCAGAUUAUUGCUGCAUGUGCUGGAAAUAAGAUAUUCAUGCUGGAUACUAAGUUUAAGACUAUAUUAAAAGAGCUGGAAGGUCAUGUUGGUCCAGUCACUGCUGUUGAAUUUUGCACCUGGGAGACAAAUAUAAUAAUAUCAGUGUCUGAAGACAGAAGCUUUAAGAUCUGGGAUCACUGUACUGGAUUAUCAUUAUACAAUUCAGCAGUACUAACAGCCUAUCCUCUCCUAAGUUUGUUUAUUGAUGAAGAAAAGAAACAAUUUGUUACUGGGAGUGCUGAUGGCCAGCUUUGGAUCUUCAGUUUGAUCAGGGAACAUCAUUAUCGCUGUGUGACCCAAUUUGACUUAAGGAAAAAACAAGAGAUUUUCUUCAGCAAAAAAGUCAAAUUAGCACAACAUAUUAAAAAAGAAGAGAGUCAACUUUCCUACACAAAGGAGCUGAAAAAAGAAGAUAGGGUAGAAACAACAUUUCCCAUAUUGAGAAUUGAACACUGUGAUCUGUCAACUAAUUUAAAUGGAGAGUGCAAAUUCUUCAAUAAUGUCAACACGAGAUGUUUGUGGAUAGGAAGCUCAACUGGUUUCUUCAUAAUUAACUUGGACAACUUUGAAUUGGAAUUUGUUUUAUGUUUUAAAGAUUUCAGUAACCUCAGCAUUAAAGUUGCUGGAUCAUGUGCAAUAAUGAAUAAAGCUGCUAAUCAUAAGGUUUUCUGCUUGCUCACCUCUAUGUUUGGAAAUCAAAUUGCUGUGUUGGAGAUUAAUCUUCUGGCACUCAUGAUAUCACAGCAAUGUCAUGACAUGAGAGAGACCCUUUCAGUUAUUGCCAGUUCUUGCCUCCUGUCAACCUCUCCACUGUACAUUACAGCUUUUAAGAAGAAAAAUACUAAGUCAGCUAGUCAAAAGAAGACUGGUAUGAGGAAUAAUAUAAAGGACCAACCACUGGUUUUCCACAAUAAAGUUAUAUCAUCUGGCUAUGCAUCUGCACCACAAGGGACCAUGUUUUCACCAAAGACCAACAUAAAGACAAAUGGUGAAAGAUCCUCAGGAUCUAAGACCCAUUUUAAAUGUAAAGAAUAUCCCUUGGAGAGUCCACUGCCAAUCAACCUUAGCAGGCAGAUAUCUAUAGCCCAUAAACCAACUGCUGUAUGCUGCCUUCAGUAUUCAGGAAAUGGACACCAAUUGGCUUGUGGUUUAGCUGACCAUUCAUUGCUAGUUUUCAAUUCCAGUCUUACUGGAGUACCAACAGUUUUUCAAGGUCAUGAUGGGGCAGUGAGCUCAGUUGGCUGGAGUCAUGACAGGAAAUGGUUAGUUUCUGCUUCAGAAGACAGAACAUUAAGGAUCUGGUCAGUUAGGACUACAGAGUCUACAGUAUUUCUGGACAAGGACAUGUUAUGUAAACCUGUACGAGUCACACAGUUUUAUUAUAUGGAUGCUUUUAUUUUACUGUCCUCUGGCUCCGAAUUUCAUCUACUAGAAUAUUAUAUUGACACGCACAAAGAUGAGAUAAAAAGAUAUAAGCAGAAGAAUAGAGCCAAGCUUAUCAAGAAGUUCUCAAUGACAUCUGCUGUAGAGAUUACCAGUCUUUCAGCCAUAAAUGAUUUCUAUUCUUAUAUUGUCCUUACAACUGGGAGUAACAGAGCAUUGGAAGUCUUUGAUCUCAAUGUAGGUUGCAGUGCAGCAGUGAUUCCAGAUGUUCAUUCAAGAUCAGCCCAUCAAAUUUGCCAAAAUAAAGGAUCAGCAUUUGCUGCCCAACAAUUUGAGAAUUAUAAUCUUUUCCUUACCACAGCUAUUGGUGAUGCAAUAAAAUUGUGGGAUUUAAGAACCUUGAGGUGUGAACGCCGUUUUGAAGGACAUCUUAACCGGUGCCAUCCCUGUGGAAUUGCUAUGAGUCCUUGUGGGAGAUAUAUAGCCUGUGGCUCAGAGGACAAAUACGCUUAUAUAUAUGAGAUGGGCUCAAGCACUUUUUCCCAGAAAUUAGGAGGACACACAGAAACAGUGAUCAAUGUGGCUUUUAAUCCAUCAAGACCCCAGAUUGUAAAUUAUUUGAGGGAAGGGGCUGAUGAUGAUGAUGAUGAUGAUGAUGAUGAUGAUUAG